AUGCGGCUCAUUAACGUUGAGAACCUAAAGCUGGAAGCCUUCAUCGGCGGCCAAAUCCCACCGUAUGCUAUCCUGUCGCACCGAUGGGGGAACGACGAGGAGGAGGUAUCCUUCAAAGAUAUGACGAGAGGCACUACAAACAAGGUUGGUAUGACUAAAGUGAAAGGCUGCUGUCGACAAGCCAAGAAGGACAACCUCAAAUAUGCUUGGAUCGACACUUGCUGUAUUGACAAGGAGAGUUCCAAGGAGCUAGACGAGGCCAUCAAUUCCAUGUUCCAGUGGUAUCGAAGAGCUGCCAUAUGCUACACCUACAUGUCCGACGUUCCUCAUGAACUAGAUAUCUGGGAAUCCACAUCCAGCUUCUCCACAAGCUCAUGGUUCACAAGAGGAUGGACAUUACAGGAGCUUCUUGCUCCUGGAGAAAUACACUUCUUUGACGAGACGUGGAGUCUUAUUGGCACGAAGGAAGAAUUAGCCAGUGAAAUCGAGGAUAUCACAGGGAUACCCCGCAGAUUCCUGCUCGGCUGGGUCGACUUUCACCAGGCGAGUGUUGCGCAGCGUAUGUCCUGGGCGUCAAAGAGGAAGACGAAGAGGGAGGAAGAUAUCGCAUACUGUCUCCUAGGGAUCUUCAACGUUACGAUGCCCAUGAUCUACGGGGAAGGACAUGAAGCGUUUAAGAGGCUGCAGCUUAAGAUCAUGGAACAGACAGCCGACGAUUCAAUUCUAGCAUGGGGAGUCAAGGUUCAAGGCAGGGAGUUUGAAUCUCAGACUGGACCUAGGGAGGAUAAUACGUCUGCUGGAAUCUUUGCAAUGUCACCAAUGGACUUUGCCAAAUGUGGCCGUAUCGUUCCAAAGGCCCUCGACCCCAGUUGUAUCACGAAUUUCGCUGUUUCCGGAGGAUACAUCCGCACUUCGCUCAAGCUACAGUGUACCGAAAAUGGGGUAGCGUAUGGUCUUCUCAACUGUGGCCUUGAAAACUCGACAGAAGGCAACAUAGCUAUUCCACUGCGCUGCACAACGCCUUCGAUUUCAACUGUCAGGGAGUACAUCCGGCCCCUUGGAUAUGGCCCUAUACUUCUCUCCGGGAUACGAAGUGACUCCUACGAUGGCCAAGAAGUCCGCAUCCGCGUAGAUCGCCAGGCACGACUUAAGGAAAUGACAGGGAAGUCGAUCUGGCUUCAUAUAGAUGGUCAACAAAAGCUUAAACUGCAUCUUAAGGAAGUUUGGCCGCCACUCAAUUGGGACCGGGGCCGUGCUUUGGUCACGAACCUGUACGAUUCAAAUCAGACUGUCAGACCAAGACACCUCGCUCGCUUUACUACCAAAGCUAAGAAUGACAGCGAUAUCAUCGUUGUAUUGGACUUCAACCUCCAUGCACAAUAUUCUUGUGCGAACUGCUCUGUAAUAGCAGCACCUGAAAAGUUUGAUCUGGCUAAGAUUGCCGGAGGUUUGGAGUACAUGCAAUUGGAGCACCUGCGCAAUAACGUCAUACAAAAUGGAAAUGAUAUGAUCGAGGUCUCUUUGCAAAGGGAAGAUAUCUCCCAAGGAUCAAUCUUUCUACUGAGAUUGGCUAGGACUGGCUCAAGGUCACUACCUAUUGGAGCCACGUCCCAGUGUAUUUACAAGGCGAUCGAGAUGGACAUGUUGAUUUCAUCCCUUUGGGAAGGGGAUUACAUAGAAGAAACUAUCGACGCUGUGAUUGAAGACGAGGCUGCGACUGUCAAUGAACUAGACUCAUUGAAACGCGAGCUGGAUAAGGUAGUGGAAAAGGAGAGACAGCUGGCAGUGGAGAGAGAAGGGAUCGAAGGCAAGAUGAAAUUGAUGGAGAUGAAGAUGUGCGAAUAUGAUACGAUACUAUCAGGAACGAAAGACAGGCUGGUUGAACUCGGAGAUCGAUCAGAAAAGAGCAUUAUAAAUAUCGAGAAAAUCGAUGGGGCCAAGGGUCCAAUAAGUUGGGCCGAAACUAUGAUACAGAGCCAAUUGGACAAGCAAAAAGCAUCCCCAGGGACAGAUACCCCGACUUCUGCUGGCCCGAGCAACCUUCCAACGACAAGUCUCGUUAAUAGCCGACAAAGUAUGGGUGGUUUCAUUCCACUGCUUUGGGCUGCCGCAAACGGGAAAAACGCAAUCUUGCAACUUCUGAUCAAUAAGGGGGCAGACCUAGAGGUGAGAAAUCCGGACAACUCAUUCACGGCUCUUAUGUACGCGGUGUUAUACGGUCGAAUCUCUGCCGCAAAGCACUUGCUCGAUAGCGGCGUGAUGUUAGAAGUUCGGGACAAGAAUACAUACACCCCCCUGGCGCUGGCAGCUUCAGUAGGGCACGAAUCGAUAACCUCGCUGCUUCUCGAAAAGGGGGCUGAUAUUGAAGCCAAAACUUGCGAUGGGAGUACGCCUCUCUCCAUUGCAGCUAAAAAAGGAAAGGAUGAUGUUGUCGAAGCACUGCUGGAGAAAGGAGCUGAUGUAGAGGCUGAGAACCAAGCUGGAGACUCGCCGUUGUUACGAGCCUGUAACUAUGGCCAUAUGGGUGUUAUCCAGAAGCUGAUCGAUGCAGGAGCCGAUAUUCACACACAAACCUAUGAUGGGAGUACGCCACUAUCCGCUGCUGCUAGAAAAGGGAGACAGGGUCUUGUCAAACUACUGUUGGAGAAGGGGGCCGAUAUCGACACCAGGGACCAUUCUGGAGACACGCCCUUAUCACGAGCAUGUCUCUAUGACCACAUGGGUGUCGUGAGGAUGCUGCUUGACAAGGGAGCGACUGUUGACGUGAGAAACAAGCAAGGCAAGACACCUCUGCAACUAGCGGAGAAGAACGCAAGAACUGAGAUUGUCAGUUUGCUCCGGAAGCAUCUGGCGACGAAAGGGUGA